AUGCUUUCGCUAUUCUUUCUCGGUUUGUCCCUGGCUGGGCAGUCAUCGGCAGCGGAACUCCAAAAGCGCUGGGGUGAUAAUACCUACUAUGAAAUCCUCAAUGAUGACCUCGCUCGAAUCACCCUGCUCGUCCUCGGUAUGAUGGCUGCGUUCAUGUAUGUGUGGAAACUGGGCUUUCGCUUUUCGGAUCAUCUUCGACGGCUCGCAAGUUUCAACAGUGAACAACGAUACUUUGUUACUCCCAAUGCCACUUUUGCCAAAGUGAAGAACCACCUGAUCUAUGCGGCCUUGUUUCGCACCCGUCACAACCGUGAAUUUCAGCUGUCGAGUGCUAUCAACAUGGGUACCUUGCCUAGUCGUUUCCAUGGUCUCCUCAUUUUUGGCAUCGUUGUCAUGAACAUCGUCCUCUGUGUCGUGACCGUUCCAUACAAGAAGGAUGAGCAGACUGUCUCGGGCAUCAUCCGGAACCGUACCGGUACCAUGGCCACCGUCAACUUGAUUCCUCUGGUUCUCAUGGCCGGACGCAACAACCCCUUGAUCACCCUCCUCCAGGUUCCCUUUGAUACUUGGAACUUGCUCCACCGCUGGCUCGGCCGUAUCGUGGUUCUCGAGUCCCUCGCUCACAUCUUUGCCUUUGUGCUUCCUGAGGCUUGGGAAGCCGGUUGGACCGUCGUUGGCAUGAUGUUUAAGCCCGGCAGCAUGUUCAUGCUGAGUGGUUUGAUUGCUGGCUGUGCCUUUACCGGUCUCAUGCUGCACUCCCCCUCGCCAAUCCGUCACGCCUUCUACGAGACCUUCCUUCACCUGCACAUUGCCAUGGUCGUGAUUGCCUUUGCCUUCCUCUGGGUUCACCUGAACGGCCACAUCGCACAGAAAUUCUUGCUUGGUAGUAUCGUCUUUUGGGCGUUCGAGCGAGCCAUGCGACUUGGCAUGCUUCUGUACCGCAACGUUGACAGAAAGUGCACAAAGGCUGUUGUCGAGGCUAUGCCCGGAGACGCUAUGAGAAUCACCUUGAGCCUCGCCAGACCCUGGACCUUCAAGCCCGGUCAGCACAUCUACCUUUACAUCCCCGCAGUCGGAUGGUGGUCCUCGCACCCGUUCUCCGUUGGCUGGAGCGACUCCGAAGAACAGAUCACCGAUGAGAAGGGCAUCCCUAUGACCCGCCAAGAGGUUGCUAGCCUCCAAAAGACAACCCUCUCUCUCCUCGUCCGCCGCCGUACAGGCUUUACCGACAAGCUGUUCCAGCGGGCCCAGAACUCGCCUGACUCUCGUGUCACUUUGAGGGCUUUCGCCGAGGGACCUUAUGGAAGCAUCCACUCCAUGGACUCGUACGGUACUGUUCUUCUUUUCGCCGGUGGUGUCGGUAUCACCCACCACGUCCCAUUCGUCCGCCACUUGGUCAAGGGCUACGCAGAGGGCACUGUUGCCGCUCGCCGUAUCACAUUGGUUUGGAUCAUUCAAUCUCCCGAACACCUGGAAUGGAUCCGCCCCUGGAUGACCAGCAUCCUGGCCAUGGACCGCCGCCGAGAAGUUCUGCGAAUCAUGCUCUUCAUCACCCGACCCCGCAACACCAAAGAAAUCCAAAGCCCAAGUGCCACCGUGCAAAUGUUCCCCGGCCGACCCAACGUCGACACACUCGUCGGCAUGGAGGUCGAGAACCAAGUCGGCGCAAUGGGUGUGCUCGUCUGUGGUAACGGUGGUCUGAGUGAUGACGUCCGCCGGACCUGCCGUAAGAGGCAAAACGAGACACAUGUUGACUAUAUCGAAGAGAGUUUCUCCUGGUAA